GGAAGCUAGGCCGCAAAGCCCAGACAUGGCGACUUCGCAGAAGAUGCACCGACGGGACUGCCUUAGUAGGGAACAACUUACCAUUGCUCCCAACCUACCUAAGAUAUCUAACAUUAAGGACGAAAUAAUUCAUCUUUGGCCAUCCAGAUGACCUUUGGGCGAUGUACGCUCAGCUAAUUACCUAAGGUAGAUACUGGGUGAACAACCCAGUCUUUAGCUAACAUUUGGCUGCUCGACUCUCGAGACACACUGAGCAACAAAAGACGACAUGGCAGACAAGUCAAACCCCGGCAUCCGGCACACAACAACGCUGCAAACGAUACAGUCCGUACCGGAUCGCCACCAGACCUUCCGCACCACAUUCGUUACUGGCCAAAAGCGGCCCUAUGAUGAUGCCCUUUCGCAGUCCUCUGACCGGAAUGAAGCGCAGAAACGGACCCCCCCACAACCGCAGCUUUUCCGCCGGGCUGUGAACGACAGCCUCUUUCCAACUGAGUCGCCAAGGCUCAAGGCUAGUCGAAUAUAUCAUGCGGACGGUGCUGCAGUCAGCGACUUGCCGUCCGAAUACUCACAGAGACAAGCCUUUGCUGCAACCCCGACAUCGACAUUUGACCCUUUGCUGUCCCUCUCGCACCCAGCCUACGGUCUCCCCAGACAACUUGUAGCGAACUUUGCCGCCCUGGGCAUAAGAUCCAUCUACCCUUGGCAAAAGCAGUGCCUCUUCGGCCCGGGCCUUUUAGACGGGGAGAGGAACCUGGUCUACAGCGCUCCCACGGGUGGCGGCAAGUCCCUCGUUGCUGAUGUUCUCAUGCUCAAGCGGGUCUUGGGCGAUCGUGAUGCCAAGGCCAUCUUGGUGCUGCCAUACGUAGCUCUGGUGCAGGAGAAGGUCCGUUGGUUGCGGAAUGUCGUCAGCGGCAUCUCGCGUGAGGAACUUGGUCAGAGCGACCAGGACGAUAAGCCCAAGUUGUGGACUCGUCGCGCCGAUAGAGAUACCGUCCGGGUGGUUGGGUUCUUCGGGGGCAGCAAAAUCAGGGCAACAUGGGCCGACUUUGAUAUUGCGGUAUGCACCAUUGAGAAGGCCAACUCUCUGGUGAAUGCCGCCAUUGAGGACUGCUCCAUUUCGCAGUUGCAGUCUGUUGUCCUGGAUGAGUGCCAUAUGAUCGAUGAUGGCUUCCGAGGAUAUUUGCUGGAGCUCCUGGCUACCAAGUUGCUGUGUCUUGGCCAACCGGUCCAGAUUGUUGGCAUGAGUGCCACUCUAACAAAUAUUGAGUUUCUGAGAAAUUGGCUGCAGGGCCAUUCCUAUGAAACGCACUACCGCCCAAUUCCCAUCGAGGAACACCUAGUCUACGACGGGAAGAUCUAUGCCGCAGGCACAACCGCUAGCCUCCUCAAGACGCUUACUCAACUAGACGCAAGAAGCCAGUUCAGUCAAUCCAGAUUACAGCCAUUGAGAAUCAUCGACCCAUCUGAGCACAAAGAACUCAAGGACCCCGUACGAAAUGCCGUCGUCGCGCUUGCAAACGAGACCGCUAGGGCCGGCUAUGGAGUACUGGUCUUUUCCAGCAGCCGUGCUGGCUGUGAGUCAGAUGCCGUCUUGAUAAGCCGGGCAAUGCCGGCUUUUGCAGAAGCCGACCCUGCCACCCAAGAACAGAGGCUGGAUCUGCUUUCUGAUCUACGGAGCCUGAGCACAGGGCUUGAUCCAAAGCUUGAGCAAACCAUUCCCUUCGGCGCGGGUCUCACGACCGAAGAGCGUGAGCUAGUCGCCGAAGCUUAUGAUCAGGGAGUGCUCAAAGUAUGCGUAGCAACAUGUUCUCUCGCUGCUGGCAUCAACUUGCCGGCUCGACGGGUUAUCCUUCACGGUGCCCGCAUGGGCCAUGACCUAGUUGGUCCGGCUAUGCUACGGCAGAUGCGCGGGAGGGCGGGCAGGAAAGGCAAAGAUGAAGUGGGCGAGACGUACUUGUGCUGCCAGCAGAACGACCUUGAGGCCGUCGUCGAUCUCAUGCACGCCGAUCCUCCUCAAAUAUCGAGCUGCCUCAUAUCCGACAAGCGUCGAAUCCGGAGGGCCUUGCUGGAGGUUAUCGCGAUCCGGCUAGCGACAAGCCGAGAAUCUGUGGACGAUUAUGUCAGUAAAACUAUGCUGGCAUACUCGGCGGAGCCGGGCUCUGUUCAGGAAAACGUCGAGGCGAGCAUCUCCGACCUCCAACAGAUGGAGUUCAUCACAGUGGAUGACUACGGCAGCUUUGAGGCCACCCAACUCGGUAGGGCCAUUGUCGCAUCGUCCCUGGAUCCGGAAGACGGCGUCUUCAUCCACAACGAGUUUAAGAAAGCUCUACAAGCGUUUGUGAUGGAUGGUGAAAUGCAUGUUCUCUAUAACUUCACGCCGGUGCAUGAUCUAGGGAGCGUCAUGGUCAACUGGAAGGUCUUCUGGAAUGAGAUGCAGCAGCUUGACGAAAGCAGCAUGAGGGUCAUGCACUUCCUGGGGCUCAAGCCUGUCAUGAUCAACAAUAUGCUCCACGGGGGUAAGCUGAGGGAGACGACCAGCGAGGAAAAGGUGGCCGCGCGACGCUACCACCGAUUCUACCUUGCUCUGCAGCUACGGGAUCUCUGUAACGAGAUGCCGAUACACCGAGUCGCGCAGAAGUAUGACAUGCCGCGAGGAUCUGUCCAGAACUUAGCGCAGACUUGCCAGGGGUUUGCUGCGGGGAUGAUCAAGUUCUGUGAGACGAUGGGCUGGGUCGCGAUGGCUGCCAUUCUCGACCAUUUCUCGGACCGAUUGAAAGCCGGCGCCCGAUCAGACCUCCUGGCCCUAGCCAAGAUCACCUUUAUCAAGAGCCGAACUGCGUAAUAACACACCACAUCACCAAGGAGCUUUGUGAAUGCUUACUCACUGACUUCUGGCAGACGGAUCUUCUGGGACAAUGGCUUCAAGACAGUUGCUGCUGUCGCUAACGCAGACCCGAAGGAGCUACUACCGAUCCUGAUGCAAGCACAACCAAACAAGGUGAAGUUGGGGGCCAAGGACGAGCAGAAGUAUAUGGACAAACUGCUGGCAAAAGCGAAGAUCAUCACCGAUUCUGCAAACAAGCUCUGGCGUAAGCUUUUUUUCUCUCCUCCAGUUCUUGAAAGCACGUCAGGUACUGAACCGGGGGGUGUUAUACAGAGAUCGAGAUGCAGCAAGAGCUC